ACUUGGUUGUUUCCACCCUAGAAGCACCUAUAAGGAUCUGCGAAGCCAGAUGAUGCCCAUUGACCUGGGGCAGGCCCUAAGCUUGCUGCCUUCGCUGGCAAAGAAUGAGGAUUCCGCCUUCUCUGGACCAGAUGCUCCCCCUCAAGAGGAGCUUUCCAGCCCCGAGACUGCACGCCAGCUUUUCAGGCAGUUUCGUUAUCAGGUGAUGUCUGGGCCCCACGAGACCCUGAGACAACUCCGAAAGCUCUGUUUUCAAUGGCUGCGGCCAGAGGUUCAUACCAAGGAGCAGAUCCUAGAGAUCCUCAUGUUGGAACAGUUUCUGACCAUCCUUCCUGGGGAGAUCCAGAUGUGGGUGCGGAAACAGCAUCCAGAAAGUGGAGAAGAAGCAGUGACGCUGGUGGAGAGCUUAAAGGGAGAUCCUCGGAGACUGUGGGAGUGGAUCAGUAUAAAAGUUCUAGGACAGGAGAUCUUAUCGGAGAAGAAGGAAUCCCCAAGCUCCUCAGUGGGUGACCUGGAGCCACAUCUGGAAGAGGUGCCCUUGGAGGUGGGACUUCAGCGUUCUCCCUCAGGGCCUCGGGAGCUGCUGAGCCACAGCGUGAAAGAGGAGUCUGACACAGAACCAGAAUUAGCUCUGGGAUCCCAGGUUCCUGCCCAGCAUGAGGAGAGGGGCGUCAGAGAUCAGGACAUGGGAGCCGCCCUUCUCUCAGUAGCUCCUCAGGAGCAGUGGCGACACCUGGAUUCCACUCAGAAGGAGCAAUACUGGGAUCUUAUGCUGGAGACCUAUGGGAAAAUGGUCUCAGGAGCAGGAAUUUCCAACUCUAAACCCGGCCUGACUAAUUCAGCACAAUAUGGGGAAGAGCUGGCAGGCCUACACCUUCACGUCAGUGAGAAGAUCCCAAGAGUCAGUUGUGUAGGAGAUAGACAAGAAAAUGACAAAGAAAACCUAAACUUGGAAAAUCACAGGGACCAGGAACCUCUGGAUGCUUCCUGUCAGGUCUCAGGUGAGGCUCCUCCUCAGGCAUCCUUGAGGGGCUUCUUCAGUGAAGAUGAGCCAGGACACUUUGGAGAAGGAGUGAAUCUCCCUGAGACUCUGGAAAACCUUCACAGUGAAGGGGCAGCAGAAAGACUGUCUCCCCCUGAAAGGAGUUCUGGGAAACAGCUGGCACAGUACAUGCCUAAUCCCCCUCCUGAAGAACUGUCUGCUAUGUGGCUUGAAGAGAAGAGAGAGGCUUCUCAGAAGGGACAGCCGAGAGCCCCUAUGGCCCAGAAAUUCCCCACCUGUAGGGAGUGUGGGAAAACCUUCUAUAGGAUUUCACAGCUUGUCUUUCACCAGAGAACUCAUACUGGAGAGACAUACUUUCAGUGUCCCAUCUGCAAAAAAGCCUUUCUGAGGAGUUCAGACUUUGUAAAACAUCAGAGAACUCAUACAGGAGAGAAGCCCUGUAAAUGUGAUUACUGUGGGAAAGGCUUUAGUGACUUCUCAGGAUUGCGCCACCAUGAGAAAAUCCACACAGGAGAGAAACCCUACAAAUGUCCCAUCUGUGAGAAAAGUUUUAUUCAGAGGUCAAACUUUAAUCGACAUCAGAGAGUUCACACGGGAGAGAAACCUUAUAAAUGUUCUCACUGUGGCAAAAGUUUCAGCUGGAGCUCGAGCCUUGACAAACAUCAGAGAUCCCACUUAGGAAAGAAGCCCUUUCAGUAGCCACUGUCUCUUAGCUCUUUUCUGUCUCCCUGUUCAUUUAAAAAUGCCCAGCUCUACUUGGAUGAUUCAUUCCUAAGAGGAAAUUCUGUCUCUGUGUUUUUUGUGGCAUGGAGGGGAGAGCACCUAGACAUGGUUUUGAACUUGGAAGCUAUAUCAGCCUCUGGAUUUGAUGAUGGUGUAGCUUUGUGCUUCUGUAUCAGAAGAAAGAAUAGUCUCUGUGUUUCAGCCCAUCUCGUUUUUUGAAGUCUCUGGGGAAAAAAAGUCACCAAGAGACUGGUUUUGGACAUGCCCUCUGGGUAGAGUUGGACUGGAGUGCCUGUAGUUAGUGCUCAAGGGAGGAGCCUUAGACUGGUCCUUUAUGCUUGGGUUCCAGAUAGGUCUGCUGUUAUACAAGGGGAGGCAGAGAUGCCUUGUGAGCCCAUGUGUGUUCCUUGUUAUAUGAGUGAAACAUUAACUUCAAGCGUCCCAUGUCUGAAAUAAACUUAGUCCAGUCAC